GAUUCUCUUGCCUCAGCCUCCCGAGCAGCUGGGACUACAGGCGCCCGCCAGAACGCCCGGCUAUUUUUUGGUUGCAGUUUUGGCCGAGGCCGGGUUUGAACCCUCUACCCUCGAUAUAUGGGGCUGGUGCCCUACUCACUGAGCCACAGGCGCCACCCUCUUUUCUUUUUUUUAAGAGACAGAGUCUCACUGUGUCACCCUUGGUAGAGUGCUGUGGCGUCACAGCUCACAGCAACCUCCAGCUCUUGGGCUUAGGCGAUUCUCUUGCCUCAGCCUCCCAAGUAGCUGAGACUACAGGUGCCCACCACAACGCCUGGCUUUUUUUUUUUUUUUCUGAGAGCCUCAAGCUGUCGCCGUGGGUAGAGUGCCAUGGCAUCACAGCUCACAGCAGCCUCCAACUCCUGGGCUCAAGCGAUUCUCCUGCCUCCGCCUCCCAACGCCUGGCUAUUUUUUGUUGCCGUUUGGCCGGGGCCGGGUUUGAACCCACCACCCUCAGUGUAUGGGGCCGGAGCCCCACUCACUGAGCCACAGGCGCCGCUCUGGAGGACUAGCACAACAUGCUGGGCUCUGGAUUUAAAGCUGAGCGCUUACGAGUCAAUUUAAGAUUAGUCAUAAAUCGUCUUAAACUACUGGAGAAAAAAAAAACGGAACUGGCCCAGAAAGCCAGGAAGGAGAUUGCUGACUAUCUGGCCGCUGGGAAAGAUGAGCGAGCUCGGAUCCGUGUGGAGCACAUCAUCCGGGAAGACUACCUUGUGGAAGCCAUGGAGAUCCUGGAGCUGUACUGUGACCUGCUGCUGGCUCGGUUUGGCCUCAUCCAGUCUAUGAAGGAGCUAGAUUCUGGCCUGGCUGAAUCUGUGUCUACGUUGAUCUGGGCUGCUCCUAGACUCCAGUCAGAAGUGGCUGAAUUGAAAAUAGUUGCCGAUCAGCUCUGUGCCAAGUAUAGCAAGGAAUAUGGCAAGUUGUGCAGGACCAAUCAGAUUGGAACUGUGAACGACAGGCUAAUGCACAAACUGAGUGUGGAGGCCCCUCCCAAAAUCCUGGUGGAGAGAUACCUAAUUGAAAUUGCCAAGAAUUACAAUGUACCCUAUGAGCCUGACUCUGUGGUCAUGGCAGAAGCUCCUCCUGGUAUAGAGACAGAUCUUAUUGAUGUUGGAUUCACAGAUGAUGUGAAGAAAGGUGGCCCUGGAAGAAGCGGAGGAGGGGGCGGGUUCACAGCACCAGGGGGUGGACCUGAUGGAACAGUGCCCAUGCCCAUGCCCUCUCCAAAUACACCUUUCUCAUAUCCACUGCCAAAGGGACCAUCGGAUUUCAAUGGAUUGCCAGUGGGGACUUAUCAGGCCUUUCCCAAUAUUCAUCCACCUCAGAUACCAGCAACUCCCCCAUCGUAUGAAUCUGUUGAUGACAUUAAUGCUGAUGAGAAUGUCUCUUCUGCACAGAUUGUCGGUCCUGGACCCAAACCAGAAGCCCCUGCAAAGCUCCCUUCCCGGCCUGUGGAUAACUACGACAACUUCGUACUACCAGAGUUGCCAUCUGUGCCAGACACACUACCCACCGCAUCUGCUGGUGCCAGCACCUCAGCAUCCGAAGACAUUGACUUUGAUGAUCUUUCCCGGAGGUUUGAAGAACUGAAAAAGAAAACAUAGGCCUCCUUAAUCUAGGCAAUUUCCAAGUCCUGGGAGUUGAGACUGAGCAGAUUCUCCAUGUAACAAAGAAUCUCCAUGAAAUUCCGUUUCAUGUAUUAACCAUCACUGAGCACACUUCCUCUGGGCUCUCUUCCUACUUCUCCAGAUUCUGCUGCUUUCCAGUUCUCUAUUGAUCCUAAGAGACUAAUAGCUGGAGACUCUGUGGCUGGAACAGCUGGCUCCUGGCAGCUGUGCUUGUCCAUUUCUUGUCAGAGGGAUCCCAGGUUCUCUCUCAGCCUCUCCACAGGAGUGGAAGAUGAGUACAUUGUGGGGAGAGCCACCAGAGAGGGCCCCAUGAGCCUCUUGGUCUCAUAUUAAGGUUCCAGAUAUAGAGACAAGCCCCUCUGUCCAGGGGGUGGAGGUGAGAGAAUCAUAGGAAGCCAUUGUUCUGACAGUUCCUGGUAGCUGGGCCCUCUUGCUGGUAUCUACACUCCUUGCUGCGGGGCACUGUUCCACCUGGAUCCAGUUGCAAAGUUUGUUUGGAAAGUUGAAGGCCUCGCCUAGUUCUGCUGGAUUCUCAGGGAGCCCUCUGUGGCCUUUGUUUUAUUUUGAGUACUGUGUUUCCCUUUUACAAGAGGGCAGCACCAUAGCAAUUUUUGUUUCCCACAUGGCAUGUUCUGUUGGAUUGCAUCGCUGGCAGAGGGAGGACAGGCCACAUACUGGGCACAAGCUGCCAUUCGAGCCUACGUGGGCUUCCAGCUGCCUUAAUAGAAGUACUCAAGACUCUUGGGUAGUGAGCUGGAAAGCCUACAGGAAAAGAUGGGUACCCAUUUUCAUUUGAAAACUUUAUAACUAAUAGAAUCAUUAAAACUGAUCUGAGAUAAAUGUUUGGUGCCCACAUGGCUAUAGUUCCCUGCUUUCCUGAAUGGAUGAGACUCUCACUAUUGUAGCUCACGUGCUCCCUCACGGGGAUGGCUUCACUUCUGUGUAGUCUAUCUGUACAUACCUGUUUCGAGCAACUUUUCUUUAAUGGUUCUGGUUUGUAUCUCAUAGCUCAGUAGCUGCUAAUAAAGUUAGAAGAUCCUG